GAAGAAAAUCUUUCUCCCCAAGAUAUAAAAGGAUAAAAAAAACAAAAGAAGAAGAAGAACAACAUCAAAGGAAUUCUAAAUUUUAAAGCUUUGAGGAGAAAAUGGAUUCAGAGGAUUUGUUGAAACAAGAAUUGGAGGAAUUGCAGAAACAAUUGGGGAAGAAGCAGCAGUUUGAAGCCGCUGUUUCGUCCCUCAAAUCCCUUCUCCAACCCAUAUACCCAUCAGCUUCUCCUUCGCUUCGCAAAUCCUUUUAUUCGGUUAUAUGCCGAGUUGCUACGGUGUUGAGGACCAGGUAUACAGCGCCAGGUUUCUGGAAUGCUGGAAUGGACCUUUUUGAGCAGGCUCAUUUGCUUGUUUCUGAACCUUCUGAGAAGGAGCACUUGAAGGCUUGUAUUGCUCUGGCCAGAGAACACUUGCAUCUAGAAGACGACCCAUCACAAGCUUCACAACCUGCAGAUAAUCAGGCAAACAGAGGAUAUCUUUUUGAGGGGCACCUUACGGUUGAUCCUGAACCACCACAGCCUCAAUGGUUGGCUCAGUCAAACCUCUUGACAGCAGCUGCUACACUCUUCGCUGCUGAAUCCUCUCAAGCUUCAGCAGCAAAUGAUACCACUCAAGAGGAUGCCGCAAAUAUGCUUCAAGAUCUUAUAAAUAGAUUGGAAGAAGUUGUGCCGUUGAUGGUGGAUGGAGGUGGUACUGUAGCUCCAAGAGUUCCUCCUGCUAGUAAAGAGGUUGUGGCAAAACUUCCGGUCAUUACUCUCACAGAGGAAAUCCUGGCUAAUUUGGGUAAAGAUGCUGAGUGUGCUAUUUGCAGGGAGAACUUGGUUUUAAAUGACAAAAUGCAAGAGUUACCAUGCAAGCACACAUUCCACCCACCGUGUCUAAAGCCAUGGCUGGAUGAGCACAAUUCUUGUCCCAUCUGUCGAUAUGAGCUGCAAACUGAUGAUCAUGCCUAUGAGAGCUGGAAGGAGCGUGAAAAGGAAGCUGAAGAAGAGAGGAAAGGUGCUGAAAAUGCCAUUCGAGGUGGUGAAUACAUGUAUGUUUAAAUGACCAUUUAAUGUACGAUUAAAUAAUAUAUGGUUGGUCCUGUAACAAUGGAUAUGAAAUUUUCAUUUGGUGAAUAGUUGUGUAUUCUUUAAUCUUUAUUAUUUCAAGCUAAAGAGCCGUCUCAAGUUUUUAGUGUU